CAACUUGUGCUCAGCUCCUGGGCAACUGGAUUUUUGAUCAUCUUUCCCCCUUUGCUCUUGGGACUCAAGCUGGAUUUCUGUGCUUCCAAGGUGAUUGAUCAUUUCCUAUGUGACACUUCUCCAAUCUUACAGAUCUCGUGCACAGAUACAAGUUUCAUAGAAUUGUUGGCUUUUAUUUUAGCUGUGAUGACGCUUGUUGUCACCUUGUUAUUAGUGGUCCUCUCCUAUACAUUCAUCCUCAAAACUAUUCUAAAAUUCCCUUCUGUUCAACAGCGAAGAAAGGCCUUUUCCACAUGUUCCUCACACAUGGUUGUCAUCUCUAUUACUUAUGGGAGUUGUAUCUUUAUGUAUAUAAAACCAUCAGCAAAGGAGAGGGUGACAGUAACCAAGAGAGUAGCUGUGCUCAAUACUUCUGUUGCCCCUUUACUCAAUCCUUUCAUUUACACCUUAAGGAACCAACAGGUAAAAGAAUCUCUCAAGCAUGUGCUUCAAAGGCUUUAUUCUUUUCAAAACAGUGAAAAAAAAUGUAUACACAAAUAA